GCGCAACCUCUCCAUUCACCACGCAUCGCAACCCUACCCCAGAGACACUUUCGCGCCACGUCGAUAUCCUCACAGCAAUCCGAUCGAGUUUGUCGCGGAAUUGGUCCUAUCGUCCUUGCGAUCGGCCCGGCGACAGCGCGCAUCGACGCGCCCCGCUUCGCAGUUUUCGCUCUCCCGCGUCCUCGACCACUUGUAUACCUGCAACUUCGCGUCUGACCUCCCCAGGGUCCACCAAGCCUCACUAGAAUCCGCCGCCCUACGCCGCAAUUCGGCCACGGAAGGGAGACAACGAAACAUAUUGUUCCCGCGUCGCGACUCGGCUGCGUUUCUGACGUGUCGCUCAAGGCUUGGGCCACCUGCAGCACCGAGGCAAAAUGGAUUCCCACGUACCUUUAUCCCAGGCAUCCCAAGACUCGCUCAUGCCUUCCACGGAACUCUCUCGACCGACCACACCCAAGCUUCGUUCAGCCUCUAGGUCUGGCUCUCCCGUACCUUCAAACAUGCCGAUGGCCCUCUCCCCCGAUCCGGCCAAGUUUACCUCUCCCGCACCUCCAACAACUUCAUCUAUGACGCCGCCACCUUCUUCUCAAGUGCCAAAUACUCGUGCUGCAGUACGCACGCCUACCCCGCCGACACCACAGCUCACAUCGCCUCCUCCAACUACUAAGCUCUCCAAUCAACCUUCCAACCUGGCCGACUCAACAGCAGUUCUCUAUUCCCCAGAUCAAGUCAACAAUGCUUCUGCAGACGAGCUGCGGUCUAUGGUCAAUGAGCUCACUUCUACGUUGCGAGAUACUCGCCUUUCCGCAGCCCAUUACAAGUUGCAGUAUAGCAUGGCAGUGAUGGAGAGCCGGGAAUCCGCAAGCCGUAUGGCGGUUGAGCUUGCCAUGGCACAGCGUGAGAUAGACGUCCUGCAGCAAGCCGAGGAGAAGCGUCGCAACACUUUGUCUUCGCCUGCUCAGAGCUUCCAAGAAGUGCCCAUCAACCCUGCAAAUGCAAUUCUCAUGUCAGAGUUGAAUCGACGGUGUCAGUUGCUUCAGGACGAGAAUGAAGGGCUUCGAGACAUGAUCGACCAGCAAAAGCGCCUAACUGAACACAGGGAAGGAGAGCUGGCGAGCCUCAUGGAGGAAAACGACCGACUCAAGACUCGGAUUCGAAAGAACAGAGACCACAUUGCUCCUCUGCUUCCGUAUUUUGAACAAAUGAACGAACAAGGGUCACCUCGUUCUAUGCUUGGUACACCUCAGCAAGCUACCCCACGGCAUCGCGUGAACCGAGGUCCCCCUCCCUUGUCUACUGAAAACACUCGCGGACACAACAACUUCGAUGCGCUUCUUUUGGCAGACAAGAUGCUCAGUCAGGAAACCGCCACUGCCCCUUCAACCCCGACGAGGUCUCAUGUGCCCAAGUCGCGUCUGGGGCACAGCAGAGGCACACAUUCAAUGUCCUCUCUUCCCCAGACUCCAAACCGUCGAACUGCUCACCUUCACCACGAUCUUCCAUGUACUCCUCCAACUUUCUCCGCUAUUAACAUUCCUCAAUCUGCACCACCUGCACACUACCAGCAGAAGGCAGCUCAUAUCCGCCGAGAAAGCAGUAAUUCUACCAUUACAGCAUCAAGCGUAGCUGAUGAAGAGGCUUUUACUGAUAGAGAAGAGGAUGAGGUGCCUGAAUCGCAGGCUAGCCAAAUGGCCACAAGCAUGCUUCGGAGAGCAGCACCUAAGCAAAUGUCGACACCGUCAUCCCAAACGUCAGACCGCUUGAUACAAAGCAAAAUCUUCGGACAGGUGAAGAAGUCUGCCGCAAGUCGACCUGGUGAAUUUGAAAAGAGGAGGUUACAGUCGGGCGACCAUCAUGGCAGCCCAACUAAACGAGGGCGGCUGGAUCAGGCGGUGGGUUUGGGAAUAGGAGGUCUUUUGCGGGAUUGAGUGUUAAAAAUGUUUCCUUGUAAUUAACGACUGACGAUCUUGGACGGAUUUGGGGUUUCAUUUAACUUCGGUUUUUCAGUGCAUGUGCACUACAUUUGGUUGGCUUCGUCCCCAAAAUUGUAAUAUUCGCCUUAGUCGCUGGUCGCUGGAUGUUGCAGGGAUUGAUUAGAGCAUGUUGGCAAUAUCAUUACGCAUCGUAUGAG